AUGGUAUUUAAAGUAAUUAACAUAAGGAAUCCCAAAAAUUAUCACAACAACUAUUGAAACAAUGCCUAUACGUCUCAAAAUCUGAAUUCAUUGAAUAAAUCAAUUUAAAGUGUUCUCGUUGUAUAUCAGCUCUAAAAGAUUAUAUUACUUUAAAUCAGAAAGACAAAUAUAUUACCAUAAACUCAGAAAUAUCUCUAAAUGAUGACUUAAUUCAUUCUUAAUACAUUUUUAAAACACUUUCUAAACUAUCAAGUUAUGGACAAUUAACAAAUCUAUAAUAUCAAGUAUUUUCAAAAAGACUAUUCCAUUAAACAAUAAAAAAAGAUGCUAAUUACAUUCAUUAAAAUAAAUCUCAGAAAUAAACAUCUAAGAACAUAUUCAUUAUAUUUCUAAUGAAAUUGUGGAAGAAAAUUAAAAUCUUGUUAUCUAAGAAAAAGAAUUUGAUUAACAUUUAUAAGUAAUCAAAAAUUAAUUGGAUUUAGAAUUAUUUGAAAACCAAAAAAUUCUGUUCAUCCUGUAAAUAAAAUAUUUAUGCAGUUUUAAAGCAUUUUAAAUAAUAAAUUUAUUAAUCUGAAUGUGCAUGCAGUAUUAAUUGUUUUAUAAAAUAUGAUCAAUAAAAAAAUGAAAUUUUGAUUCCAUAUGAUGUAAAAUAAUCUCAUAAUUUUAAGGCAAUUUUAUUAAAUGAAUUAUUAAAUAAAGUUCAAAUAUAACCAUUUUAUUAGCAUGCUUCAACAGAAGAAGAUGCUUAAGAAGAAUUGUUAAUUUGUAUAGGAUUGUUAAUUAAAGAUAAAUUAAUAACUCUAUAUAGAGAGUAUAAAAGUUAAUAAUUUAUUAAGUAUACUUUCUAUUAAUAAAUAGGAGAUAUUUUCAGUAAAAGAUUAGAGAAUUGUAAUAAAAUGAAAGAGUGUUAUUCAAGUAAAUUGUAAGAAUUAGAAUAGUAUUUAAUGUAAGAAGAUGAAUAAAAGGAUAAAUAAAGAUAGAAGAGGAAAUAAAAGAGAAAGAAAAGAAAGGAAUAAUAAUUAAGUAGUGAUGGAUCUGUUAAGACAAAUUAUCAAUAAGAAUCUUCUCGAAGAUCAAUAAAAUUUUAUUAAAAUAUUUUGGUUGGAAAGGAAGCCUAUCAAUUUAUCCAUAAACUAGAAAUGAAUUAGAGUUCUUACAAAAAAAUAUCUAUAAGAAAUAAAUAAUAAAAGAAAAUAAUUAAGAGAAUAAACAAAAUAAUGUUGGUGUGA